ACAAGCUGAAAGGGGGCAGGAAAAGAAGUGGAGGCAGCAUUCUUCCUAUUUAAAGCUGCAUCGCUUGAAAAAAGUUUUCACAGACUGUGCUGGAGCUGGUGCUGAAAAAGGGGGAUUGCUGAGGCUGCCCUGGUGCUGGUGCUGAAAGAAGAGCCCACAGCUGCCUUCAUGGUGCUACAAUAACCCCAGAAUCUACUCUUCACUCCCAGGAGGAUCCACAUGUCUAAUAUUUAGACAUGAUGGCAAACUGGGUGGAAGCAAGAUCUCUCCUCAUUCUUACUGUUUUAUUAGGGCAAUUUGUCUCAAUAAAAGCCCAGCAAGGAGGCCGGGAUGAUGAAUUUCUUUAUGAAGAGACCUGCAAUCAAAAUGGCCAUAUAUUCUUAGACAAGGACAUUUGGAAGCCUUCUCCUUGUGAUAUCUGUGUCUGUAACAGAGGACAUAUUCUCUGUGAAAAGAUAGAGUGUGUGGAAGAUCUCCCUUGUGCUGAUGCUGUGAUUCCCCCUGGGGAGUGCUGUCCUUACUGUCCAGUGGUAUCUGGAGGUGGAAACACCAAUUUUGGCAGAGGAAGAAAGGGUCAAAAAGGAGAACCAGGAUUAGUGCCUGUUGUAACAGGCAUACGAGGUCGUCCUGGGCCUGCAGGACCUCCAGGAUCCCAAGGUCCAAGAGGAGAGCGAGGCCCCAAAGGAAGACCUGGUCCUCGUGGUCCUCAGGGAAUUGAUGGAGAGCCAGGUGUUCCUGGUCAACCUGGUGCUCCAGGACCCCCUGGACAUCCAUCUCACCCAGGACCUGAUGGCAUGAGCAGGCCUUUUUCAGCUCAGAUGGCAGGGUUGGAUGAAAAAUCUGGACUUGGGAGUCAAGUAGGAUUGAUGCCUGGCUCUGUGGGUCCUGUUGGCCCAAGGGGACCUCAAGGUUUACAAGGACAGCAAGGUGGUGUAGGACCAACAGGACCUCCUGGUGAACCUGGUGAACCUGGACCAAUGGGUCCAGUUGGUGCUCGGGGACCAGAGGGCCCUCCUGGCAAGCCUGGUGAAGAUGGUGAACCUGGUAGAAAUGGAAAUACUGGUGAAGUGGGAUUUACAGGAUCACCGGGAGCACGAGGCUUUCCUGGGGCUCCUGGUCUUCCAGGCCUGAAGGGUCACCGAGGACACAAAGGUCUUGAAGGCCCUAAAGGCGAAGUUGGAGCAACUGGUGCUAAGGGUGAAGCUGGCCCUACUGGUCCAAUGGGUGCCAUGGGACCUCUGGGUCCAAGAGGAAUGCCAGGAGAAAGAGGGAGACUUGGGCCCCAGGGUGCUCCUGGACAACGAGGUGCACAUGGUAUGCCUGGGAAACCUGGGCCAAUGGGUCCUCUUGGAAUACCUGGCUCUUCUGGUUUUCCAGGAAAUCCUGGAAUGAAGGGAGAAGCAGGUCCUACUGGAGCACGAGGCCCUGAAGGUCCUCAGGGUCAGAGAGGUGAAACUGGACCACCAGGUCCAGUUGGUUCUCAAGGUCUUCCUGGUGCAAUGGGAACUGAUGGUACACCUGGUGCCAAAGGCCCCACGGGCUCUCCAGGUACCUCAGGUCCUCCUGGCUUGACAGGACCCCCUGGAUCUCCUGGCCCUCAGGGUAGCACUGGACCUCAGGGAAUUCGAGGACAAACGGGUGAUCCAGGAGUUCCAGGUUUUAAAGGAGAAGCUGGCCCAAAAGGGGAACCGGGGCCACAUGGUAUUCAGGGCCCAAUAGGCCCACCUGGUGAAGAAGGCAAACGAGGCCCUCGAGGUGACCCAGGAACAGUUGGACCACCAGGCCCAAUGGGAGAAAGGGGUUCUCCUGGCAAUCGUGGUUUUCCAGGAUCUGAUGGUUUGCCUGGACCAAAGGGUGCUCAAGGAGAACGGGGUCCUGUAGGUUCUUCAGGACCUAAGGGAGGCCAAGGGGACCCAGGACGUCCAGGGGAACCUGGGCUUCCAGGUGCUCGGGGUCUGACAGGCAAUCCUGGUGUCCAAGGUCCUGAAGGAAAACUUGGACCUUUGGGUGCUUCAGGGGAGGAUGGCCGACCAGGUCCUCCAGGUUCCAUAGGCAUCAGAGGGCAGCCUGGGAGUAUGGGUCUUCCAGGCCCGAAAGGUAGCAGUGGUGACCCUGGAAAACCGGGAGAAGCAGGAAAUGCUGGAGUUCCUGGGCAAAGGGGAGCUCCUGGAAAAGAUGGUGAAGUUGGUCCUUCUGGUCCUGUGGGCCCUCCGGGUCUAGCUGGGGAAAGAGGAGAACAGGGACCUCCAGGACCCACUGGCUUUCAGGGGCUUCCUGGGCCUCCAGGUCCUCCUGGAGAAGGCGGAAAGCCAGGUGAUCAGGGUGUUCCUGGAGACCCUGGAGCAGUUGGCCCAUUAGGACCUAGAGGAGAAAGAGGAAAUCCUGGUGAAAGAGGAGAACCUGGAAUAACUGGACUCCCUGGUGAGAAGGGCAUGGCUGGAGGACAUGGUCCUGAUGGUCCAAAAGGCAGUCCAGGUCCGACUGGGACUGUUGGAGAUACAGGCCCACCAGGUCUUCAGGGUAUGCCAGGAGAAAGAGGAAUUGCUGGCACUCCUGGCCCCAAGGGUGACCGAGGCGGCAUUGGAGAGAAAGGUGCUGAAGGUACAGCUGGAAACGAUGGAGCAAGAGGUCUUCCAGGUCCCUUGGGCCCUCCAGGUCCUGCAGGUCCUACUGGAGAAAAGGGGGAACCUGGACCUCGAGGUUUAGUUGGCCCUCCUGGCUCCCGUGGCAAUCCUGGUUCGCGUGGUGAAAAUGGCCCAACUGGGGCUGUUGGUUUUGCUGGACCCCAGGGUCCUGAUGGGCAGCCUGGAGUAAAAGGUGAACCUGGAGAGCCAGGGCAGAAAGGAGAUGCUGGAUCUCCUGGACCACAAGGGCUAGCAGGAUCCCCUGGCCCUCAUGGACCUAAUGGUGUUCCUGGACUAAAAGGUGGACGAGGAACUCAGGGUCCACCUGGUGCUACAGGAUUUCCUGGUUCUGCUGGCAGAGUUGGACCUCCAGGCCCUGCUGGAGCUCCAGGACCUGCAGGGCCCAUAGGGGAACCAGGGAAGGAAGGACCUCCAGGUCUUCGCGGGGAUCCUGGCUCUCAUGGACGAGUGGGAGAUCGAGGACCAGCUGGCCCACCCGGUGGCCCAGGAGAUAAAGGGGACCCAGGAGAAGAUGGCCAGUCUGGUCCAGAUGGUCCUCCUGGUCCAGCUGGCACAACUGGGCAAAGAGGGAUUGUUGGCAUGCCUGGGCAACGUGGAGAACGAGGCAUGCCCGGCCUGCCCGGCCCAGCGGGCACACCAGGAAAAGUAGGACCAACUGGUGCAACAGGAGAUAAAGGUCCUCCUGGACCUGUGGGACCCCCUGGCUCAAAUGGUCCCGUAGGUGAACCUGGACCAGAAGGUCCAGCAGGUAACGAUGGUACUCCAGGCCGGGAUGGUGCUGUUGGAGAACAUGGUGAUCGUGGAGACCCUGGGCCUGCAGGUCUUCCAGGCUCUCAGGGUGCCCCUGGAACUCCUGGUCCUGUUGGUGCUCCAGGAGAUGCAGGACAAAGAGGAGAUCCGGGUUCUCGGGGUCCUAUAGGACCACCAGGUAGAGCUGGAAAACGUGGUUUACAUGGACCUCAAGGACCCCGUGGUGACAAAGGUGAUAGUGGAGACCGAGGUGACCGGGGUCAGAAGGGCCACAGAGGCUUCACUGGUCUUCAGGGUCUCCCUGGCCCUCCUGGUCCAAAUGGUGAACAAGGUAGUGCUGGAAUCCCUGGUCCAUUUGGCCCAAGAGGUCCUCCAGGCCCGGUUGGUCCUUUAGGCAAAGAAGGAAACCCUGGGCCACUUGGGCCAAUCGGACCUCCUGGUGUUCGGGGCAGUGUAGGAGAAGCAGGACCAGAGGGUCCUCCUGGUGAGCCUGGUCCACCAGGCCCUCCAGGUCCCCCUGGCCACCUUACAGCUGCCCUGGGUGAUAUCAUGGGUCACUAUGAUGAGAGCAUGCCAGAUCCACUUCCUGAGUUUACUGAAGAUCAGGCGGCUCCUGAUGACAAAAACAAAACUGACCCAGGGGUCCAUGCAACCCUGAAGUCACUCAGUAGUCAGAUUGAAACCAUGCGCAGCCCUGAUGGCUCCAAGAAGCACCCAGCCCGGACCUGUGAUGACUUAAAGCUUUGCCAUUCCACAAAACAAAGUGGUGAAUAUUGGAUUGAUCCCAAUCAGGGAUCAGCUGAAGAUGCAAUCAAAGUUUACUGCAAUAUGGAAACAGGAGAAACAUGCAUUUCAGCAAAUCCAUCCAGUAUACCUCGUAAAACCUGGUGGGCCAGCAAAUCUCCUGACAAUAAACCUGUUUGGUAUGGUCUAGAUAUGAAUAGAGGAUCACAGUUUGCAUAUGGAGACCACCUGUCACCUAAUACAGCCAUCACUCAAAUGACCUUCCUACGCCUGUUAUCAAAAGAAGCUUCCCAGAACAUCACUUACCUCUGUAAAAACAGUAUAGGAUACAUGGAUGAGCAAGCCAAGAGCCUCAAGAAGGCUGUGGUUCUUAAAGGGGCAAAUGAUUUAGAAAUCAAAGGAGAAGGGAAUGUGAGAUUCAGAUACACAGUUCUUCAAGAUACUUGCUCUAAGCGAAAUGGAAAUGUGGGCAAGACCAUCUUUGAAUAUAGAACGCAGAAUGUGGCACGUUUGCCCAUCAUAGAUCUUGCCCCUGUGGAUGUUGGCGGCACAGACCAGGAAUUUGGCAUUGAAAUUGGGCCAGUCUGUUUCAUGUAACACAAGCCCAGACAGUGACAGUGAGCAUCACCAUCAAUGAUGACUACCCCGUUCACAAGAACUUUGACUGUUUGAAGUUGAUCCUGAGACUCUUGAAGAUAUGGCUGAUCAUGCAUCAGCACUGUAUAUAUGGUCUUAAGUGCCUGGCCUCCUUAUCCUUCAAAAUAUUUAUUUUACUUACAAUCAUCAAGUUUUAAUUGAUUUAAAAUAAUUUUCAAUACAAGUUUAGAAUCAUGAUGACCAAUGACAAUGAUCACCUUUUAAAAAAAGUAAACUCAUUAAAUAAAUAAAUAUCUGUUUUCUUCAAUUUAUUUCAAUGUAAUAAAAGGUUGCUUAGUAUUUAUGAGGAAAUUUUUCUUGGCAGGUAGCUUAAAGAGUGGGGUAUAUAAAACUACAACACAUGUUUAUUUUGCUUGGCUGCAGUUUGAAAAAUAGAAAUUAGUUCCCUUUUGGGAUCCCUUAUUCCCAGAUCAUCAAGAAAAAAAGAAUCAAGAUGUUUAAUCUUUGGUUGAAACCCACAUGUGUGUCUUGAUGUACUAUUACUAGUGUUAAAAGAGAAGCUUAAAAAAAUACAAGUUUAUCACUGUAUUAAAUGGAAUCUUUAAAUAACAUAUUCAGUGCAAUUUUAGGAGAAAAAUUAAAUUUCUCUCAUUUCUCAAAUUUUUGCAAAAUAUGACACAUGUAGACUCAUUUCUCAUUCAAUUUUAAAAGUACCUUUCCCUUUUGGUGCAAUUUAUCAAUACUGACAGAAAUUACACAGAUAUACUACUUAAUACAUUUCCUUCUUCUUAUUUAAGAAGACACUAAAUGUGAAAUAACUACACAUACAACUUCAUAAAUACAUUUCCAGGACCCAAGAUUGAGGCUCCUCCACAUAAAUAUAAUUUCAUCUUCCUGAAGCAAAUAAUGAAGAAAAAGAUAUAAAAACCCAGAGUUAUGGAGCUGACUCUAAUCAAAUGUGAUGAUUAGAAUUAAACUAUUUGAAAUUUGAACUUUCAUAGGAAAAAAGAUCCAACAUUUCUUAGCAUGAGCUACCUCAUCUCUAGAAGCUGGGAUGGACUUAGUAUUCUUGUUCAUAUUUUAGAUACCAAAAGGUGCUAUGCUUCUGUUAUUAUUCCAAGACUGGAGAUAGGCAGGGCUAAAAAAAUUAUUAUUAUUAUUUUUUCUUUUAAUGAUGGUGCUAAAAUUCUUUCUAUAAAAUUCUUUAAAAAUCAACAUUGUUUCAUCAAUGCCAUUUGUGAAAAUGUAUCUGUUAGACUUCCCAUUUCAGAAAGAAAGAGCAUUGUUCUAAUGCCUUUUCACUGUUCCUCUGUCAUACUGUAUCUGGAAUGCUUUGUAACAUUUGCAUGUUUCUUAGACCAGGACAUGUAGGUCCCUUGUUUUUCCUUAAUUGCAUUUGUUGGCUCCAUUUUUAUUUUAUUAUUUAAAAAUAAGUAGCCAGAGUCAUCCAAAGGAUAAGCCAUGCACACAACUGUGGUCAUGUAUCUCUGCAAAGCAUCAAAUUAAAUGUACGCUUUCAUCAUGUCAGUCAUUUUUUUGUUUUUUGGAAUUCCUUUAAACAUAGUAGAUUGAUAUAAUUUCCAAUAGUAAAUAAUAAGAAUAAGAAUAAGGUGUUGUGGUAUUCUGCAUUUUCUGUUUGUUUGAAAGAUACAACAAAUAUCUUCCAUCAUGUAUGUACCUGCUUAUAAAUGAAAAUCUAUCUGUAACAUUAUCCACAAGGCAACAGGGCACUAAUCAUCAAUGUUUAGUCCUUAUAAAAUGCCAGGAUAGUGUUAGGUAAAAGACAGGGUAUGGGGAAAGGAGAGAAAGAAAAGGUGGAAGUUAGGGUAAUGCCUCAUGCCUGCAGCCCACCUAACACUCCCUUAAAAAGGGAAGCUGGUCAACCACAAGGAGAAUUCAAGAACCUAAAGAGAAAGUCCCCUAUCUUGGGAGGGACUGACCUAAAGUUAAGUUGGUACUAGUUAGCAUAUCAUUAGCUUUGUGGCUUGCUCCCCACUGUGCAUUUGCAGGUAGGUGGGGGAAAGAAACCAUGGACUGGCAGUAGAGAAGAAAUUUUGUCAAAAUCAGUUGUCAAUCAAGGUACUAAUCAAACCCAGGUCCACCCAGGGAAAAGCACAGCCCAAUAAAAGCCAGCUUCACUAUGUAGACAGGGUCUUGAGGUACACUUCUCAGUUCAGCCCAUUCUGUUCUCUCAGCGUGUUCUUUUGCUUUUAAUAAACCUUUGUUUUGCUUGCCAA